GGGUCUGACUCCCAAGCUCCUGCCAAAACUUUGGGAGUUUUUAGAGAGGAGUUUUUUUUGUUUUUUUUUUCUCUUAUUACUUUUUUUUUUUUUUAAGCUAACGGAUUAUUAUUGUUGUUGUUUUAAAUUUAGCUCGUAGGGCUUAGCUGUUUGGGUUUUCUUGGGUGCCCGGCCCCUGUCUCCCCGGCUUCCCUGGAGUGUGCGGAGCUGCGGCCCCUGCCCGCCUAGCAGCUCCAGAGCCCCUCGCUCGCCUCCGGCCCGCGGGGAGCGCGGGCGCCUCGCCGCCUUUAAAGUGAGGCCAGGGGCCGAGGCUGUGACCGGCCGGGAUCCGGGCCUCGCCUCCUCCCUCGGUGGCGCUAGGGCUCCCUGGCCUGUCUUCAGUGCGGACGGAGAAGCGAAAGCGGAUCGUCCUCGGCUGGGCUGCCGCCGCCUCCGCGACUCAGAGCGCCCCUCCCCGCGCACCCAUCCACCCAGCUACCCGGCCGGGCCCGGCCGGGCCGCGGCGGCGCUCGGCGCACCCAGCCAGAAUGUUCGCCGCCGGGCUGGCUCCCUUCUACGCCUCCAACUUCAGCCUCUGGUCGGCCGCUUACUGCUCCUCGGCCGGCCCGGGCGGCUGCUCCUUCCCCCUGGACCCCGCCGCGGUCAAGAAACCCUCCUUCUGCAUCGCAGACAUCCUGCACGCCGGCGUGGGGGAGCCGGGGGCGGCCCCGGAGGGUCUGGCGGGGGCCUCGGCCGCCGCCCUCACCGCGCACUUGGGCUCGGCUCACCCGCACGCCUCUUUCCAAGCUGCCGCCAGAUCCCCGCUUCGACCCACCCCGGUGGUGGCGCCCUCCGAAGUCCCGGCUGGCUUCCCGCAGCGGCUGUCUCCGCUCUCAGCCGCCUACCACCACCAUCACCCACAGCAACAACAGCAGCAGCAACAACCACCGCAGCAGCAACAGCCUCCGCCUCCACCCCGGGCUGGCGCCUUGCAGCCUCCGGCCUCUGGGGCGCGGGGGGUCCCGAAUCCCCCCCAUAGCGGCUCGGCCCCGGCCCCCUCCAGCAAGGACCUCAAAUUUGGAAUUGACCGCAUUUUGUCUGCAGAAUUUGACCCCAAAGUCAAGGAAGGCAACACGCUGAGAGACCUCACGUCCCUGCUAACCAGCGGGCGGCCCGCAGGCGUACACCUUCCCGGCCUGCAGCCUUCUGCCGGCCAGUUCUUCGCGUCUCUAGAUCCCAUUAACGAGGCUUCUGCCAUCCUGAGCCCCUUAAGCUCGAACCCGAGAAAUUCAGUCCAGCAUCAGUUUCAAGACACGUUUCCAGGUCCCUACGCUGUGCUCACGAAGGACACCAUGCCGCAGACGUACAAGAGGAAGCGCUCAUGGUCACGGGCUGUCUUCUCCAACCUGCAGAGGAAAGGCCUGGAGAAGAGGUUUGAGAUUCAGAAGUACGUGACGAAGCCCGACCGAAAGCAGCUGGCCGCGAUGCUGGGCCUCACCGACGCGCAGGUGAAGGUGUGGUUCCAGAACCGGCGGAUGAAGUGGCGGCACUCCAAGGAGGCCCAGGCCCAGAAGGACAAGGACAAGGAGGCGGGCGAGAAGCCGUCGGGCGGCGCCGCGGCCGCCGACGGCGAGCAAGAGGAGCGGAGCCUCAGCCGCUCGGAGGGCGAGGCCGAGAGCGAGAGCAGCGACUCCGAGUCUCUGGACAUGGCCCCCAGCGACACGGAGCGGACCGAGGGGGCCGAGCGGUCACUGCACCAGACCACGGUCAUCAAGGCCUCGGCCGCCGGCGCCCUCCUCCCGGCCGGCGGCGGCGGGAGCGCGGGAAGCGGCGGCGGCGUUGGCGGCAGUUUCGGCUUCGGCAGCCUUGGCGGCGGCGGCGGCGCGGGUAGCGGCGGCGGCGCCUCGGAGCUGCUGCCCGCGCCCCAGCCCACCCUCAGCGGCGCUCCGCAGAGCCCCGAGCCCGCCCCGGCGCCGCUGGGCGGCCUGUAGACUGCGCGAGGCGAGGGGCCCCGGGGCCCGCGUGCCGCUCACUGCCGCCCUGGGUGGGCCGGACUUCGCGCCUGCUUUGGGUUGGCAAUGGGGACAGGGCGACGCCGCGGCGGAGCGCCCUUCCCUGCGGUCCCACCUGCCCGUCGCCGCCGCGCAGGUGCCCAGAGCCGAGGGGGGGUCUCAGUGCCCCCGCCCGAGGCCCCCUCCCCUCCCCCGCGCCGGCCAAACACUUCUCCCCGGCCGCGAGCAGUUCACACUGUGAAGUGUUGGACGAAACAGUUCCUCCCCGCACUCGGGGCUGUGGCGCAAGGACGAGCUGCACCCAGGACGACACAAACUUGUAAAUAAAAUGUUUACUACGGUUUGUAAAGGCCGCUCGGCUUUGCUGGGGCGGUGCGGUCGUUAAGGUCG